AUGGCGGCAGCCGUUCUUAGCGGGCCGUCUGCGGGCUCCGCGGCUGGGGUUCCCGGCGGGACCGGGGGUCUCUCGGCGGUCAACUCGGGCUCGCGUCUCCGCCUGCUUCUGCUGGAGAGCGUGUCGGGGUUGCUACAGCCGCGAGCUGGGUCCACCGUUUCUCCUGUGCACCCCCCAGUCCGCUCGGUCCCACAUUUGCCGGGGCUCAUGUGCCUAUUGCGGCUACAUGGGACGGUGGGCGGGGCCCAGAACCUUUCAGCUGUUGGCGCGUUGGUGGGUCUCAGUAAUGCACGUCUUGGUUCUAUCAAAACUCGGUUUGAGGGCCUGUGUCUGCUGUCCCUGCUGGUGGGGGAGAGCCCCACGGAGAUGUUCCAGCAGCAUUGUGUGUCCUGGCUUCGGAGCAUUCAGCAGGUCUUGCAGUCCCAGGACCCGCCCCCCACGAUGGAGCUGGCCGUGGCUGUGCUGGGGGACCUGCUCCGCUACGCGGCCCAGCUCCCCACACUCUUCCGGGACAUCUCCAUGAACCACCUCCCCGGCCUUCUCACCUCCCUGCUGGGCCUCAGACCGGAGAGUGAGCUCCCAGCACUGGAAGGAAUGAAGGCUUGUAUGACCUAUUUUCCUCGGGCGUGUGGGUCUCUCAAAGUAAGUGUUCAUGGGAACUCCUCUUCCCACUAA